UUUCUUCCUCCACAUUUCUCAGUAAAUUUACCAAAAAUUCAUCCAUGGCGAUUCUUCUUCCAUCUUCAAAAUCACCAUAACCCAUUUCUCCAUCCAAUAUGGAGCUCCACUUAAACGAUUACACUAUCCAUUUUUCCCCAAAUACUAAAAAAUCCCCACACUUACACUUACCCAAAUCCCCAAAUUACUUCCGCCGGCGCCGGAAUCGGAGUUGUAAGACCCAGAUCUCCUCCGCCGUGAGGGUUUCAGCAGUGGUGGCGGCGCCGGAACAAACCGGCGGGAAAAUGGUAGUGGAGUUAGUGGGUGCUUUCAAUGAGCUAACUGAAAGAAUGGAUAAUAGUGUUCUUUCUACUAGCUCUUCUCGAUUGCUGUUUAAGACUCUUAAAUUGUGUAUUCCGAUUCUUCAGUCACUUCCACUUGCACCCGAUGGUCGAUCUCCGAUAUCGAAAGCUCUGUCUGUUGCUGUCAUUUUAGCUGAUUUGCAGAUGGAUGCUGAAGUUAUAUCCACUGGGCUACUAAGAGAAGUUCUAGAGGCAGGUGCUAUAUCAAUAUAUGACGUGAGGGAUCGGAUUGGUACCAGUACUGCUCAUUUAAUGCAUGAAAGCUUGCGUGUGAAGCAUAUGGCCUUAAAGGUAGAAGUAUUGGAUGAUGAUAGUGCAACUGCAUUGAGGAAAUUUUGUCUGACCUACUAUGAUGUCAGGGCAUUAGUAUUAGACCUUGCUAUCAAGCUCGAUAUGAUGAGGCACCUUGAUUAUUUACCUAGGUACCGGCAGCAGAUGAUAGCACUUGAGGUUAUGAAACUACAUGCUCCUCUAGCGCAUGCCAUCGGAACUAACCUAUUAUCUCUUGAACUCGAGGAUCUUUCUUUUAGAUACUUGUUUCCUUACUCAUAUCUAUAUCUUGAUGCAUGGUUGAGAAGUCACGAGUCUGGAAAUAAGCCUCUAAUAGAUAUCUGCAAGGAGCAGCUGCUUCAGUCCCUUAAAUCUGAUCCACUAUUAAAUGGAAUGGUCAGUAAGAUAUCUGUUGAGGGUCGUUAUAAAAGUCGUUAUAGCACCAUGAAGAAACUCUUGAGAGAUGGUCGGAAGCUUGAAGAGGUGAAUGACAUCUUAGGUCUAAGAGUUGUAUUGACUCCUAUAUCAGGAGUAGAUGAGACGGAAAUCGGGGAAAAGGCUUGCUACAGAGCACGUGAAGUUGUCCAAUCUUUGUGGGAAGAGAUACCAAGUAGGUCAAAGGACUAUAUCUUAAGGCCCAAGGCUAAUGGAUAUCGAAGUUUGCACAUGGCUGUUGAUACCAGUGAAAAUGGAUGGACUAGACCGCUAAUGGAAAUUCAAAUACGAACAGCAGAAAUGGAUAUGCUAGCAUCUGGAGGGCAAGCAUCUCAUGCAUUGUACAAGGGCGGUGUUACUGAUCCUGAAAAGGCGAGGCAUCUGAAGGCAAUCAUGAUCGCUGCAGCAGAGCUUGCAGCAUUGCGUCUUAGAGAUUUUCCUUCGGCGAAUCAAAAAGGUCUGGAUAUUGACAAGAGAGGCAGGGUGUUCCGUCUUCUUGACAAGAAUGGAGAUGGUAAAAUAAGCAUCGGCGAACUUAUGGAAGUGAUGGAAGAACUUGGUGCCCCAGGAGACGAUGCGCGGGAGAUGAUGCAACUUCUCGAUUCAAACAGUGAUGGUUUUCUGAGCUCAGAUGAAUUUGAUAUAUUUCAGAACCAGGUUGAAUUCAUCCGGAAUUUAGAAGAUAGAGAUGAUCAUUACCAAACACUGUUAAAUGCUAAGCUACAAUUGGCAAACGACACGGGUUUCAUUCAACUGUACAGUAAAGAGCAAGGUGGUAGUCUGUUGUUGAGGUAAUUCUUGCUUCUCGGAUGAUAAAGAAUGGGCUUACUCACUGGUAUGAUUUCCAUCUUUCACAAUUAGAUUUGUCAGUAGUUCUUCACUUUGCUGGACUCCCAAUUCAUCUGAUAAUCU